GAACUUUCAGAAUCGGGAUUGGCUGCAGGGUCACUGGAGCAAGGUGAAGGGCUCCCAGCCAGCGCCCUGGACCCUCCCCUGGCCUGCAUGCACUCAAAGCCCCAUGCUGGCAAGGAGGAGUGGGCACAGAGCCCAGGGAUGCUGCCUGGCCUUGCACUACUGCAGGGCACCAAGCCAGCCCCAACUCUAGUCUGAACACACACACCAUUCACGCAGAUGCUUUGGUCUCUCCUUCCCCUCUAUGCCCAGGUAAUUCACAGCAGUUUCAUUUACUGCAAGGAUUUUGUGCCCCCUCUCACGUGAGAACCUCAAACCACUUUGCAGGCGUUAGUUCCCAGGCUGAGCCUGGCAGUUCCCCCUAAGGCACUUCAUUAAUAGUAGCAGUUUACCAAUGGGAAACUGAGGCAAAGUGACCUGCCUGUGGCCACACAGCAAAUCGGUGGCAGAGCUCAGAAGAGACUCCACGAGUCCUGAUGGAACCACCAGACCUAGCCCCUUCUUCGCAGCCCCCGCCCCUUCUUCGCAACUCCCUUAAGCCACUUAGCAAAGAGAACCAGCGGGGAAUGUAAAAGGGCACCAAAAAUAAAAGUGCUGCUGUGGAACCUGCCUGCCACCCCCUCCCCUGGGGCUUCCUACCCCUCUCCGAUCCUUUCAGCCCUUGCCGCAGGGCUGAGGGAGGGAACGGGCAAAGGAUGUGUGAGAGAGGAAUGCAGGGCAGCCAUCGUUUCCCAGCUGCCCCCCGGGGUGCAUUGCUCACACCCCUGCGCCCGGAGGAGCUCUCCUCGCCUCCCUGCAGCGGCCGGGCUGCAGCCUGUGACCUUCCCUGAUCCUGGCGCAGCGGGGGAGCUGGAUUCCUGCAGGGAUUUCCUGGGGAAUGUGGGGAGGUGGGUGGUGGGCCGGGGCUGGGACUGCAUUGUGCGCGUCCCCCCCCCCCCGGCUGCGCUGUGUGCCUGCUUCUCCAGCCUGUCCUAGUGCUGCCCUCUAGCCAGGGGAGGAGCUGCUGGGGGGCAUGCGCUCAGCUCCUUUGGUUCAGCCUUGAAAUGGAGAAUUUGUCUGAAACUGAUCAGCGCUGGUCAAUUUCAGACAGCUCCGCAGGGCUGCAAUAAAUCACGCUGGGAAAUAACACCCCCCUUCACACCCCCAUCCAUCCAUCCACCCACCCACCAUCCCUUCCUCCCUCCCUCCCUCCCUCUCCUCUUUUCCCCUGAAACAGGCGAUCACCUCUGAUCCGCAGCCUUUUCCUUUCAAACCACUCACUCCCCCCCCCACACCAAAAAAAAGCCGGAGGAGGAGAAGAGACGCUUCCAUCUCCCCGCAGCCCCUGCUCGCUUUGCGCCGCAAGCCCCCUCCCCACCUAGGAGCCUGCCGCCUGGAAGCAGAGACCAGCCCCUCCACCCUCCUUCCCCAGGACGGAGAGACACAAAUCCAGCGCUAGAGGCAACGGCAAACAUCCCUGAUCUCCGGAGCUGCAGAUGUGGCGGAGCAGCCGACGGCCCAGGCGCUGGGGGUGUUCCAGGGAAAGCAGCUCUUUCUUCUUCCAGGCGAGCUCCCCAUUUGCUUCGGCUCCCGGGGCCCCGUGGAAACCUGUCCUCCCUGCUUCACCAAUUUGCAGUCUGCUGUAAAAAUUCCGGUACGAUCCUCCGACACCCCGCUCCAUCUCAACCCCCGCAGCAGGCAAGAGACACACAAAGCGGCGAGGAGCAGAGGCUUGUCUCCCCCCUCCCCCGUAGAAAAGGUUGCCUGGGCACCCUGCCCCUGUCCCCGGGCUGCAGGGGGAGCAGGCCCCAGAGGACACCGUCUGCUCCCUGCCGGAGGACGCUGCUGGUGGCCAAGCCGGGCACCAUGCACUCCCUGGAUGAGCCCCUCGAUCUCAAGAUCAGCAUCUCCAAGCUGCGGGCAGCACGGGAGAAGCGGACACUGGGCAGCACCAAGCACCGGGGCUUGCACCGCGAGCUCAAGAGCCAGGAUGAUGAUGCCGCAGCGAUGGGCCCCGGCUCGCCUGGCUCCCCGCUGGCCGGUGAGAGGGGGAGGGGCGUCCGGGGCCCCACCCGGGGGGACCGCCUUCCUGCACCCUCUGGUACGACACCAGGGGGCACCACCUGUGUGCAGUCUUCUCAGGGUGGGACCGCUGGUCUCCUGCUGCCCUCCAAGUACCACGACAAACGGGACGCUCGCUUCUCCUCGACGCCCCUGCUGGACCUCAGCCUGUCACCCCCAUCCGGCCUGGACUCCCCCGGUGGCAGCACCUCACUGUCCCCUGAGCGGCAGGGCAGCGGGGACCUGCCCAUGGUCACCAACCCCCAUGAUUUCCCAUCCCUGCGCUACAUCGACGGCCUCCCGAGCUCCUUCCAGUUCUUCCUGCCCCUGGGCUCAGGCGGCGCCCUGCACCUGCCAGCCUCGGCCUUCCUCACCCCCGCCAAGGAGAAGCGCCUCUCCCCGGAGCUGCCCCUGCCGCAGCAGCUGGUGUGUCGCUGGGCCAAGUGUAACCAGCUCUUCGACCUGCUCCAAGACCUGGUGGAUCACGUCAACGACUUCCACGUCAAGCCGGAGAAGGACGCGGGUUACUGCUGCCACUGGGAGGGCUGCGCGCGCCAUGGCCGGGGCUUCAAUGCCAGGUACAAGAUGCUGAUCCACAUUCGCACCCACACCAAUGAGAAGCCUCAUCGCUGCCCAACCUGCAACAAGAGCUUCUCCAGGCUGGAAAACCUUAAAAUCCACAACCGCUCGCACACAGGCGAGAAACCCUACAUGUGCCCCUACGAGGGCUGCAGCAAGCGCUACUCCAACUCCAGCGACCGCUUCAAGCACACGCGCACCCACUACGUGGACAAGCCCUACUACUGCAAGAUGCCCGGCUGCCACAAGCGCUACACGGACCCCAGCUCACUGCGGAAGCACAUCAAGGCCCAUGGCCACUUUGUGUCCCACGAGCAGCAGGAGCUGCUCAAACUCCAGCAGCCUCCCAAGACCCCCGUCGCCUCGGCGGAAGUGCCUUACGUCAACGGGGCGCAACUCAUCAUCCCCAACCCGGCCGCCCUCUUUGGCGGGCACGCGCUGCCCGGCCUGGGCGCCUCUCUGCCCAUCCCCCUGGCCCCGGGUCCCCUGGACCUCAGCACCCUGGCCUGUGGUGCCGUGGGCUCUGCUGCGCUGUCGGGGCUGCCCAGCCCCGUGCUGUCCCUCAAUGGGGCGCCACUCAACUUGGCCAAGAGCCCCUUGCUGGCAUCUCCCUUUGGGGCUAGCGGGCUGGGGCUGCCAGUGGUGUCCCUGCUUGCUGGCAAGACGGACGUGGAGAAGUGCCAGACGGGCGACACCAGGGUGGCCAAAGCGAGCAAAGCUCAGGGGCUCGAGAGCCGCAAAGACUCGUGUGACAGGACUGAGCGGGCCCGGCUCAGGCGUGCUCCGGAGAGCCUGCCGCUGCUGCCCGGCGCAGUGCUGGACCUGUCCACCAGCAUGAGCUCUAUGGGCAGCCCCGAGGCCCUGCCGCCCGGCUGGGUGGUGAUCCCCCCUGGCUCCGUCUUGCUGAAGCCGGCCGUGGUGAACUGAGUGAACGAAGCCCAGAUGCAAGACAAGGCACCACCUUGGCCCGAGUCUUGAUGGGUGAAUCCGCCAGCGGGGUGGGGGGGAGCCGGACCUCCUGCCCCCUUCCCCUGAGACUGCCGCUUGGGUCUCGCUUGGACCCUUCACGAAAGAAGAGUUUGACUCUUCUGAGAAUAGCAAUAAUCCCCAUCCCAGCCCCGCGGCCGGCCCGCACCACCGGCCCACGCAGGCCACUCCAGAGGCCUCUUCGUGGGACCCCCUGAGACAGCUAACUGCCCCCUCCCUGAGUCAGCCGCACCCUGGCGCCUCCUGCUGGCUCUCCAGGGUGCCAACGCUGGCACAGGACACAGCAGGAGCAGGCUCAUGGCUCUGGCAGGCGCCGGGCUGGGGCACCAGGGUCGGUUGUGGCAGCAGAGCGGGCGCCAGAGAGGGACGAUUGCGGAGGGACCCGAGCCAGGCCAUGGCACUGGGAGCAAUGGGGCGUGGAGCUGGAUCAGGGCCCUAGGGGGCCAGCCUGGUGUGCCAUCGCCCCGUCUCUCCCUGGGGGCUGCCUGCCCCAGGCCUAAGGCAGUGGGAGGCGCCGCUAUUUAUUUAUCUCACCCCCCACUCUGACAGGUCCCGCGUCGGGCCCUUGUCCCUGGUGCUGACCAGGCGCCCCCUGCCUGAGGCCUGAGCCACGCAGCCACCUGCAUUCAGGUCCCAACACCCAGCCCCGUGCCCACCCCCAGUCAGUGCCAGGUGCUCAUGUAUUAGCGCCCUCUGCUGGCUGUGUGCAGCCCAGUAGCUGGGUGGGUGUGAGCGAUCCCAGAGGAAUGGCCCAUUGACACCCCCCCAGCCUGCAGCUUCUGGGGGCCGUGGCCCCUGGCCCCUGCAGCAGAGCUGCCCCCUUGGCACUGGCAGCCCUGGGCACCUUCCUCUCUGGCUCAGAGUAAGCCCCCCACCCUAGGAUUGGUAUUGCCAUGGCAUUGGUCUGGCAGGCUCCCUCCACUCCAGCUCCGGUUCCCGCACAGCGUGGGACGCUGGCUCGUUUCCAGGAGCCCCCACUCGAGGGGCUCUAGCACCUCGCUCACCCCAACACCUGCCACUGGCCCUCUUCCAUCACCCACCUCCCAGUGCCUGCACCAGCCCGGCCUGCAGCACAGCCAGCGCCCCUGGAGCCAAGUGGUGUUUUCCUGCCACCCAGCGCUGACCCAGGAGCAGCCAGCCCAGCCAUGUGGUACCACCGGAAGCCGCCGAAGCAGGGGUGUUCCCAUCGUCACCCCCCAGCUGACGGAGCUCCCAUCAGCCAACUGGCGCCCUGCCCAGUCUGACACCCCACCCCCAAGAGCAGAUAGCCGGGCCCCGAAUGCACCCAGCCGUCCCCGGGCCAGCGGAGGAGGCAGAGCUACUCACCCGCAGCUGGGCUUGCCUGGCGGAGAUGCCGGCAAGACAAGACCAUGAUGAACUUCUGGACUGCAGCCCCAUUGCCCUUCAGCCCUGGGUUGACUGGACUGAGACAGACAGACGGACCCCCAGUCCCGUGGGGAGCCCUGCCUCUGGAUCCCUCCCCCGACAACGCAUACUGGCUGAGUAUGCCGCUCACCGGCUCCCAUGCCCCUUCCCCAACGAGGGGGGAGGGCGGGGGCAAGAUCGCCUUCAGCUCUGUUAGUACCUUAGCAUGUAACACAAGUGUGUGUGGCUGGCCGGCGCCGCAGGGCGGGAGUCCCCCCCAGCUGUGAACCCUGGCCUGCUAGUGUCCUGGCCAGCCCAGCUGGGAGGCGGGUGCCAGGGGCAGUACUUCAGUUAACACCCUGAGUGGGCAGAUUGCUGCAGGGCCCCCCCUCCCCCAGCACUGCAGGGAGCCCUUGGGCCACCACCCACAACCUGGUGCUGCACCUGCCAAGCCCCCAUUCUGGCUAGCUGCCAAGGUGAGCCCCAUCAGGCCUGGGGCUGAGCCCCCGCUGCUGUUCCUCCCCCCCCAAGGCCUGCUGCUGAUGCUCCCCAAACUGGUUUUCCCUCCACCCUUUGGGCAGAUCACCCCACGGACCCAUUGCCCAUCUCCCAGUGACUGGCUCAGCAGCUGCAACCUUCUCCAGCCCAGCCCCACUGCCCAGAGCCCUGGCUAGCCCUGCCCUGGCACACGCCACCUUCCUGAGGCGUGGCUGCCAGGCUGCCUGUGGGCACAUGGCCUGGGCAGGCUGUUGCCCUCAGAGCUCCCCUGGGCCUGUCCUCAGCCAGGGGCUGCAGCAUAUGCAGGUAGGAGGGACCCCAUUAGCCUUGUCCCCCACACACAGAGUAAUGCCCAUGGGCUGGGUUCAGCCAGCUGCCCCAUGUUCUUCUCUGGCUCCCUUGAUGGGCCUAGCUGUGCCCCCCUGCUGUCCCUGCCCCAGGGGGUUGGUUGGAGACACCCCAGCCAGCCCCGUGGCAGCCUGGUGAGCAGCAGGCCCAGUGCCAGGCUGAGACCAAGCGGCAUUGGGUGACAGCUGGAUGCCCCUGUGGCACCCGGCCCAGGGGAGGAGCAGCAGGAGGCAGAGCCUGGCCCAUCAGAGCACUGUGGUUAUGCAUGCCAGUUGCUGGGGAGCAUGAGCUCCCCCUAGCUGGUCUCCUGCCCCCCCCUCCCCCAUGCACCUUGCUGGUUAGAAAGCUAAUUACACACAAAGCACAGGGCCACUCUCACUGCCCACGGUGCAGGCUGGUGGGAGGGCUCUGCUACCCCACAGCACUGGGGCCUGAUGUGUCUGCACCUCCCAGCCACGGGGCAUCACAGCCCUCACUCGGGGGGGGUGGGGAGCGGCUGGUGAGGUGCUGGGGCUCUGCCCUGAGUGAGGGGCAGCAAGCCAGCCUAAGUUACAGCAUUAAAUGUGGGGUGGCCAAGGCUGUGGCCUCAGACUACAGCUCCCAGCAGGCACUCCACCCCCUUCUGAGCAGUGCCUACUGGGAGCUGUAGUCUCCAGGAGACACCUGCCCAUAAGGAAGAGUCACAACAAUGUGCAGAUUGGGCUCAUGCCAUGCGGCCCAGCGGGCUCCUCCCAACCUGGUGAGGGCCUGGUGUGGUUGCCCCCAGCAGGGAGCAGAUCUGGGCAGGGUUGGCCCCUGCACAACAUAGGUCUGGAGGUUCAGCUGUGGCCAAAGAGGGCAGGCAUGUUGGCUGGCUGGCACCACAGAGCUGCACUGAGCCAUUGUGGGUGAUGCCAGUGGGCUCAGCCUGUCUUUUCAGCUGGUGCUGGCCAGAUGGCCCCGCGCAGUAUGUACCGUAAGCUAUUCUAGACACUCCAGGGCCAGCCAGGCUGGCCUAUGGACAUAUAAGCUACAUAAACUCUUUAGACUGAUUUAGCACUUUGAGUGGUUGCUCCAGAGCCAAGCUCCUUGAGCACAGCUAGGCCUGGGCAUGGCAUGGCUGUGCCCGCAGGAGCAGGCCCAGGCACUUCCUGAGGACAGGGCAUCUCCAAGCAGCCACCGCUUGUGCCCAGGUCUCCUGGCCUCUCCCCCUCCCCACGCUUGCCCCUCGGACACUCCCUCCCCUACAGAGGGAUUGCUCAGUGCUCGCCCCAAGGGGCCCACCCGGACUAUCCCUCCCUUGCAGGAGGGGUCUCGCUGUCUUUUCUGCUCCUCCUGGUACACAAGGGGGUCCUGCGUACCUCUCCCCUGCCCUCAGCAGGACCCCUGCUCUGCUGCCACCCUCCAACCAGGAGAUCCCCCUAGCCAGGCUCUAGACCCCCUCACUGGCCACAUCCUCCACCUCAAAAGCUCCAUUGCAGCUGCUGGAGGGAGGGAGGAGCCCUCAGGGUCUGGCUGUUAUAGCACUGCAGCCUGGCUGGCAGGGAGCCAGCCCCCCAGAGCCAACGCUUGGGGGAACCUGUUGCUGUGGGCGAGCAUCACGCCUGCCAGCUCUGGGGCUGCCGAGAGAUCCCUGCCCCCUCACCCCAGGCCGGGCGAGCAGCAUGCCACUCAAAGGGUUAACAGUAGCACAGCAUGUGCUUUGUGAUAGACUAGGCCUGCCAGGGCCGGUAUACGUUUUGUUUUUCGGUCGUCGUCGCACAUUCCAGGCUCUCGGUAUUUUACCCGUCUCUAAGUGCCUUUCUCUGGUAGUGUACGUUCUUUCUCCUCUCAGCUCCAUUGCUGUUAGCAUAGCGUUUAACUAAAGAAACAAAGCGAGAUGCUCACGACUGCCCCUCUCGGCCUCCAGAGGAGAGGAAGUUUAUUAAGAAAACAAUAAAGUGAAUUGACAAGUU